CCACAGGGUACUUGCUUACAAUGGAAGGAAGUUCCUUCCCUCAAGAGAUACCAAGGUAUGGCUUCUAUCUAUCUCAUCUCCUGGAAGAGUAUAAAGAAAAUCAAAAGAAUCUGGAAGUACAGUUGAAGAAUCUGAGUACACAAUGUCGAGAGAAAGAUGAAGAUUUGAAGAAUGUGAAGGAUAAGCUUGCAGGUCACAUCCGCUUCAACACACUACUCCAGUCAGAGAAAGUGUGUUUGGAAGAGACUGUAGAGCAGCUGAGAGAGGAAGUUAAGUCAUGUGAUCACCUACUUCAGUCAUGUGACUCUGUACUGAGGGAGAAAGAUAGAGAGAUCCGAGAGCUGCUUGUGGCAAAGUACGAUUUAGAACGUCGUGUUGCUGAGUAUGAGUUCAAAGAGAAGGAGCUUCAAGGAAUGGUUUCGGGUUUUCAGGACGACAUCGGAGACUUGGCUUCAGAGAGGAAGAAACUUCGCAAAUGUGUAAAGAAAGCCAGGAGAUUUCAAUCCCCAAGUCAACAGGUCAAGGUUCCUGAACAAAUAAAUGAAGUAAAUGAAGAGAGAGAAGUAGAGCUUGAGGUCAAGGUUCCUGAGCCUAUAAAGAAAGUAAAUGAAGAGAGAGAAAUUGAGCUCCAGGCAAAAGCUGAACUUCUCAAUGCCAUCAGAGAGAUAGCUUUCAAGAUAUCAAAAAGCCCUCAGAAAACCAUCAAUCCCGGGCUUAAAGUAGACCAGGCUGAUGAAGGAGCAUCUGUUGAGGGUCAACAGAAACAAUCUACUGGAGAUGAUGCCAAAGAGGGCUAUAAAGCCUUUUUUGUGAGGGAGUCUGAUCUUUUUACCAUGGAUAAUUCGCUGAUCGAGAAGAAGACCAGUGAGUGCAGUCUCAACUAUGACUCCUUUUUUAAUUACAGUUAUGAUGUUUGUGGCUCAGGAUUGGAGGAUGAGAGGCAGCUGUCUGCCAGGAAAGAUAGAGGUGAAGAUCAAAGACUUGAAGGGAUCUCUUUCCCUUCACAAAGGCUGAUAAUAGAAGCUAGAGAUAUAGGAAGGAAGAGACUGAAAAAUACAUGGCAUCUUACAAGAGAGAAACCCAAGAUCAAUAAUACAGAGGUGAGAUUCAUGAAGGAUUCAGAUGGCCAAGAAAUGAAGGUUUCAGGUGUUUUGUGUAGAUCCAGUCAUCAUGGUGAUCUUCCUUCCUUGGACAAGUCUGAUGAUAAGGGGGAGGAGGUGGAAGAUGAGGUUACCUUAUCUUGUCACAAUCUCUACAGUGAUGUCAUGAAUGAACUCGGCUGUAAGAAUGCUGCUGCUGCGAUGCCAAUUGUCACUGCAACAACCGCCACUGAGGAUGCUCCAGAAGCACCCUCUAGCGGAACCUAUGACAGGGACUGCGUCAGCUUGGAGGAUAUCUCUUCAGGUUACAGUGAUGACCUACUGAAAUCAGAGGAGUGGAGGGCAUCUGGUGAUUCACUUCCUAGUUCAGGGGGAAGUAGUUGCGUAGACUUUCUAGAUGAUGAUGCUAAUAUUAAUAUGCAGCAUGUAGCCAACAAGACCACUGCAUCAAGAAAAAUAGUGAACCCUGUGGAGGGAGAGGAGGACUCUGAAGACAUUUCAGAUAAUGAGGAUUAUGACUCCAAGUUUUUUAAAAUGCAAAAGCAUUUAUCUUCCAACAACUCAAAUGAAUCUGAAUAUGGGAAAGGAAAUAAUGCACAAACUGUAGAAUCUCAUAGGUUUCCAGACAGCUUUUCCAUAGCCAAAGGAACCAAACCUAAUCAGGUAGAUGAAAGCACUGAUCCCAAACAUGUUGGUGAGAGUUCAGAUGACCUCCUCUCAUGGGAAUCACCACAGCGAUUAGGGGAGAUGAAGAAUGAUGACAUGAGCUCAUCUCAUAGGAUUAUUCCUCUCUCCGGAGAUGAGUUACAAGAGGAUGAUCUUGAUUUUUGUGUCGCAGAUGAGGAUUAUGAUACCAAGGAUCGUGAUAAAGAAAUCAGUGAUGCAUCACUUGAUUACAAUGAAGACCCUACAGUUCCUUGGGAUGAAAGAGUUCGUGUUAACCAAGACACUGGACGCUCACCCAUCACAAACAGAAUCUUCCAAGGUGAACAACAAUUUGAAAUAUCCUCAGGACAAAGGAAGUCUCCCAAUCCUACUAAGAUCAAGAAGGAUGUUACUAACAGGUACAUGAAAGGCAGCGGCCUGGAUCCAGAAGUCGCUGAGAGGAAAAUACCUCAACGCAUCACCUUUGGAAGGAAAGACAUGGAGAGAAGAGUUGCUAAUUAUCAAGAAAAGACCCUUGAAGAUCCCUUUUCCAUCCGUCAUUCCAAGCAUGCCAGGUACAGGACUCCAGAGAACCGUGAUGAUCUCCAUCUUGAAGGCAUCCAUGAUGUGAAUGGGACUAAUAGUGAUGGGUCUGUAGGUUCUUGUGAUAGUUACGGAGAGGCAUCACCGGCCGAAGGUCUCAUACUACGCAAACAAGUCAUGGAGCACUACGCCACCAGGGCUAAUGACAGAGCAUGGCAUUACGUGUACAUGAAGCAAGAAGGUUCAAGAUUGAUGUUCUACAAGGAUAGAAUGGGAAGGGACUUAGAUGCCCAUAUUGAAGAACCUCUAGUACUAAGCAAUGCUAUCAUAUCAGUGGCUAAGGAUUACUCCAGGAGGAAGCAUGUCUUCAGAGUCCAGUAAGUAGCGUUCUUUUUAACUUUUUAGACCAUGUUCUCUUCUACGACCUUAACUAGUUCAGUGAAAACCACUUAAACAUGUAAUGGAGACUCUCAAAGCGGUCUUGGUAAGUGGUCUUCCAAACCAGUUUGGAAAACCACCAUGCGAUGUGGUUUUAAGUCCCCCUCCAAUAUAUAAAAACAAACAUUUUCACCUCUUUUUUUCAAGCUCGAUUUAUAAUGUAGUUCUCAUACAGAACAUAUGACUUUGAUGGCCAUGUUUGAUACAUAUAAUAAAUUAUGUAUCAUAUGAGUGCUCCUUGUUGUAUGAACAGGAUAAAUCAGACAAGCUUUCUAAGUACGUGAAAUACAUCUUGGUUUUGUUUAUCAUGGGACACAAUGUAUUAGACACCGUUCUCACUACCAUCCUAAAACUAGUUUACUGGAAACUAGUUUACUGGAAACUAGUUUAAUGUGUAAUGAGAACGAUCAAAGCGAUCUUCCAAAAUGGUUCAUAGAACCACCUCGCGAUGUAGUUUUCAAGAUCGCUUUGCCUCGUUAAACUGGUUUUAGUGUAAGUGAGUACACAACCGUUCUUCGGGAAGCGAUCUUCGAACAUUUUGAGCACGCUACUCCACACGACAGGUGAAGAAUGCCUACGCUGCCGUUUCACAACGUGUCACACCACUGAAAACGUUUCCAUAGCAACAAGAUCACUUUAAGUGAAGUGAUUUUGAAAGCCACUUUUUGUGUGAUCAAAUGGGAACGCUAGCAAAGCGAUCUUUCACACUGGUUUCCUGAAACGGUUUCCAGUAAACUACUUUUAGAAAGCGUAAUGGGAACGAUGUACAUACAACCCAUUUGUUUAAACUGAGAAUGACUUUUAGUCAUUUACUGUGGACAUGUAUUAGAAUUCCCAGAACAGGAGACAACUUUAACCUUUCAUUUUUAGACAAGAAUAUUUACCAUUGAUAAGAAAAUAGCUUUUGGUUUAUUUUGCAGCUCAAUAUUAUUUGAAAAUGAGCUCUUGAUGGCAUUUCUCUAUCUUGACAAAAGUCCUUUUUUUUAAUUUGUUUGCCCAAUUUGUUUGUAUAGGUGGGUUGGUCUGUUUUUGUGUGACAUAUUUCUUUGUCUAAUGGAAGAAUGUACUUUCGAUAUCGAUAUAUGACGUACACAACAAGAAUAUUGACAUGCAGUAUUCAUCUAACGUCAAAAAUAUCUUUAUAGGGUGGGAAAUAGAAAAUGACAGUUAAGUGAAUGUUGUUAAUCUUAUUUUUGAUUUUUUUUUCAGUAGUUUAUACAGAUUAUAUCAGAAAAUGCUUUGGAAGUAAUGAAAAAACACAAAAUAUAUGAGCUUUAUUAUUGUUGAAAAUUAUCAUUUGAAACAGGUAUCACAAAAGUAAAUAUAUUUUCAAUAGGGUGUCCUCUUUUUAAUCAACUAGUGCAUUCAAAUUCUGUACAUGAUUUUUGUUUUAAAUAAAAAAUGUUUAUUGCUAUUUCAUGAAUAAAAAUAGUCCCUCUGAUUCUGAAGGAUAACAGAAAAAAUUAAAUAACAUAAAAUUAUCCUAGCUACCACUCUUUGGAAAAGAUAAAUCACCAUCAUAUUUCAAAUAUUAUCCAUCACUAAUUAUGUUCAUCCAUACAUUUUUUUUGUUACAUUAUUUUAAGUACAGAUAACUACAUCCAACUCUUUUAGCAAUGACACUGCACCAUGUUUUAGUCCAUGAUAUUGGUAAUAAUGUAGGCUGAGUGACUCAGAUUUAUGUCCUUUAAACCAUGAUGGCCAUAAAACAAAAAAUAGAUAUAUAAUGCAUAACUUUUACAAAGUAAAUUAGAGACAUUGAUCACUAUUCAAUCCAUCUUCAUUAUGCUACCAAUACUAGAGAUGAGCUUUAACAUUAUGUACCUUUUGUGAUCUGAUUGAUGAUCCAUGUCCAAUAGGAGCAAUCUCUUUCCAUCAUGUAACAUAAGGCUUGCUAAGAAAAAGAGAUUGGUGUCAAAGCCGCAUCUAUCCCGUGCUAGAUGUGGAAAGGUAAUACCAGGAGACUAUUGAUUUAAAGAAGGGAUAUGUUUCUGUCAAUUAUAGCCAUCAUUCGUCAUGGAAAUUGGAAUAGCAGGGAAGAGUCCUCUAAUGCCCCAAAGAAUGAUUCCAUUAAUUACGUGGCCGGGAUUUUAGAAUGCGGCUGGCAGGCAGGCAGGCCAUGCCAAUCAAACAAUAAAUGCUACUCCUAUCCAACUAUUGUCGGCAUAAAUUUACAAUUUUUCAGCUGAAUAUUCUCAUCUCAUCAGGAAACGUGCAGAAAUAUCAUUGAUGAAAUUGGUGUAUCCAACUUUUGUUCCUUGCCAACAUUUAUUUCAACUUUUGCUUCAAACUGACAUUGUUUGAUGCAUGAUUUUGCAGGCAUUGUGGCUAAAUGCCAGAAUGUUCUUGAGCUUUAUCAUGAUCAAGGAAACAACAAUAAUUUGCAUGUCAUUUAUAAAGAAGGGUUGUGGCUAGUGGCCAGAAAAAAUAAUUAUGAUCUCAUAAAUUUGUUCAUUAAUCUUACUUUUAUUUUGAUUUUACAUUCCUCUUGAAAUUUGGCAGUGUGAUAUUUAUCAUAGAGCUAAUGUACUUCAAUCAACAUUGUCACAU